AUGCAUUUUACCAAAGUCAUUUUGAUUCUUUCCAUCCUGGCAGUUAUUAGCGAAUGCAUUCCAGUCUUUAACUAUGUAAAUGACCCCAACAUACCAGUACAACGGACAAAACGUUGGUACUAUCCAGGUGGCGGCUUCUUUCCUCUUGGUGGUGGCGGUGGUUUUCCUGGUGCCGGAGGUUUUGGUGGAACUUUACCCGAUGUCGAUCUUCCAGAGUACAACGGACAAAACGUUGAUACUAUCCAGGAGGCGGCUUCUUUCCGCUUGGUGGGUGGUUUUCCUGAUGCCGGAGGUUUUGUUGAACUGUUUGGAAUGACUCGAUCUCGUUCAAGGAUAGCAUCAAUAUUGGUG